AUGCCUACUUCUAAUACCUCUAAUACAUCCUCCCCUGUCAAGCGCCCCGGUCUCGCUCGCCGUGCAGUGUCCUCCCACGCAGUUGUCACGCGUGCCAAUAGCAACGAGUUGACUGAGGCGCAGAAGGCGGGCGCGCAUCAUAAGCCUCACCGCGCCCAUGUCGUUCACCGAAAUCAUCAUCGAAACCCUUCCACCAACAAGAACUUCAACAAACUCCAACGGUUCCAACUAGGCCCCGAGACCAGUGGACGACAUCAUCAACGCAAAAAAUCGGCACCCGCAACCCCAAUAGCAAGCCCAAAAGAAGGCGGACAUAUCCGCUGGGACAACGCAGUAGGAGAACCUCAAACCGAUCCUUCUAUGAAGAGGAACUAUUCCACUCCUGUGCUGCGCCGGAACCCGUCGGCUGUUGGGAAGAAAGCCUUGGUGACAGAGCGACCGACGUCCAGCGGCGUAAAGAAGAAGACGGUCGGCUUCGAGCUGGGUGAUGACGAAACAGACGAUACGGAGUGGGAAGAUACUACACAGUCACCCGAAAGUACGAGGCGCAACUCUGUCGUGCCAUCUAAUCCCAGCGCAGACAACAGCACUGUCCUCGUCGAUCAUCUUACUUUUGUCAAACGACCCUACCCUCAAAUGCCUCGUGCGACAAGUCUCCCCGAGUCCGUUACCCAUAAGUUUGCCCGAGAGCGCGCCGAGCUGGCUGAGGAUGACAACGACGAGGACGAGGAUCAAGACACAGCAGACGAGGCCGAGAAGUCCAGUCAGAACACUGAGCAAGGCGACAUCGCAAAUCGCCUUCUAAGCCCUUCACAUUCGUCUAAAGCACCUCCUGCCAUGUCCUCCAUCUCAGCCAUGGUGAAGCCAGAGACCAAGAACACCCAUCCCGCGUCGCGCAGUAGUGCGUCUCUCAACCUCGCCGCUGGCCAGGAUAACGCUCGUCGCACAUUCUCCACUACGAGUAUGGCAAGCAUGCCGGGAUCUCACCCGCAAGCAACCUCGUCUUCAAUGGAAGGUGGGGUCUCAAGAUUCAUUAUGAACAACAAGAACAGCAUGCAAGCAUCCUCGCGAACCGACUCGGACCCUAAUACGCCCUCUUCCUUCCUUCCUCACUACCACCCACAAACACCACCUUCGCCUAACGUAAAAGCUGGUAAAUCUACUGCUUCACCUGCGCGCCCCCGGGGCGCCGACCUGCCCUCGCGCACCCAGCAGAAGCUCUGGCUCCAACGUACAGCCACACUCAAUAAUUCUCCCCCAGACAACCAUGGAGUGGCAGCAGCAGCGUCGCCUUCUGCCAUUGACCCGACAUUUAUUGCUGCCAACCAACGCCCUAGCGCUGGCACUUAUGAUGCCGCACGAGGACUGAAUGGCGAUGGCCGAGUUGGCGGUGCUGGGCAUGAUAGCGAACCUCGUCAUAUCCGCAAGGCGUACGAGAAGACCUCUCUCGAAUUAACCGUCGUGCGGCGUUUCCAGUCCCCUACUGCGCAGAGCUUCUCUCGCCUCCGUCACAUUGCCCGAGCCCACAAAGCAUCUCAGGGCCCGGACCUUGGCAAGCCGGUGAAGUCAGCACCUUCCUUGCCUCUGCUACAGAACGGAAAACGUCCGAACCAGCUGAGCUCGAGCCCACCAUUGAAGGCUCAGCCACGUAAACCAAUCUCCACCGAAGAUUCAACGAAUAGUGAUCCCACCACCCCUUCAGGUACAGCGAAUCCUCCCAGGUCUAAUGACCCAUCACACCGCAUACUCUCCACCUCGGCAGAAGCUUCGCGCGAUCUGAGUGGUGAGAAUAAUGAUGCCGAGGAAUUCCAGGCCCACGAUAGCGCCUUGUUGAUCCGCCGGAUGUGGGAGAGCCGAGAAGUCGCCAUUCAUGGAUAG